AUGAGAGGUCAGUUACAAAAUCUAGCUACCGCAUGUGACAGAACUGGAAUUUCUGAUCGAUCUGCUGCAUUUAUUGUUAACGCUGCCUUGCUUGAUUUGAAUGUUAUUGGUACAGACGAUUCAUCAAAAGCAAAAUACGUUGAGAGCGAAAAAAAUUGGAUGCGAUGGCACAGCGGUAAACACGGGACACAAAAAUGGAGUCAUUGUUUUACUAGAAAAACACCUGAAAUGACCUUUGCAAUGAUGUGCUCCGUAAUUUCUGCUGGUACGGUAUCACCAAACUUAGCUAUUAAAGAUCCAGGAAAACUGACACAUUAUCGAUGGUUGACUUGCGCAAACAGGAUUCUUCGGUUAUAUAGUGGAACAGCUAACCCGACGAAAAACUUGAAAGAAUUAGCCAAUUUCAUCAUGAAAGUUUACGCACCAACCUGGUUUGAUAUCAAGACAAAAUUAUAUGACAUUUCUUCAAAAUGUCUUCUUGAAAUUAAAAUGUAUCCUUGCCACACUCAGGCAGUAGAAAGCAAACUCAAGGAUGCGGUUGCCAUCUUCAUUCCGUUCUCUAUAGCCAAAACCGCCAUGUACGUUGUCAAAACCAUCUGUUUUCUCUACAACGUGGCCAUUGAGAUUGCCUCCAAUCAGGAUUGUUUCCGAUUUUGGUAUUGUAACGAUCCUGAUGAGUUCGACUUACCGAAUCCUAUGGCGGAGGAAUUGAAAUUAGAGUACGAAACAAUGAGUAGAAAAUUGGAUCAAUUUACAAACAAAGCCGAAUUGCAAACAGCCACUGGAGGAACGAAACCUAAUAAAGUAAAACCCGUCAAAGUGAUAAUUAAGAAAAACAUGGAAAUAAAAUUAGACAGCAAAACAUUGAAAAAACGAUGA